UUUAAUUAGUUUAUUUGGAAAGAGACGAUUGAGUAUUGUUCUAAAUUAUAAAGCGGCGUUUGUUGCAAAUUAAUUUAUUUUUUAACAAGAAACCGCAAUAAAUCGGAUUCUGCGUGAGCGUAAAAAUAGUCUCGGGAAAACAUUAAAGUCUUGUCUCCGAGAAACACAAUGCGUUGUAAUUGUUAUAUAAAUGGCUACCGAAGUUGUUCCUCGAUCUCUUCAGCCCCAACACGGAUCAGGUGCAGUUUAGUGGUAAUGGAGUGGCUUGGAAUGAAAUACAAAGAAAAAAUAAAAAAAACGUGAGAGGAUAAGGAUUGGAGUAGUGUAACAGCAACAAUAUGUUAAUAAAUUUCUUUGGGAGCUUUGAUCUUGUGUGUGUGUGUGAGUUUGUAACAGUAUUUAGGGAGUGGCGGUUGCUGUGGCGACGACGACCACGAGGGCAUACAACACAUUGUUACAAAUGUACACACAUAUGGAAGUCCCUUAUGGGAGAGACACACAUCCGGCCUUUACUCUACAUCCAUUCACCACUGUUUCAAUUCAUCUCUCCAUCUCGCACCGACAUCGGCGAACGGUGAUAUCCCUAUCUCGCAUCGGCUCAACCCAUCCAUCCACACGCGCUGGAUGAGGAGAGUCCGUGCGUGUAUACAUACACUCACACCCAUGCAUACGCACGCAUACAUCGUGCACAGCCAUCCAAAACCACAUGCACAAAUUUUUACUCAAUUUCGGUUUGGCCGAAAAUAGACCUCAUCGGGGCUAAUGACCAAUGCGUUUAUAUAAAAGAGAUUAAUUAUAGAUUGCCUAUUCAAAUACGCGAGGGCCAGAAUUACCCUAAAACGAAAACAUUGACUUUUCACAUGGUCUUUUGACCUAAUUGCUUGUUUGCCGAGUGCGAAUUUUAUCUCUCAAUUAGUGAAAAAUCCAGAUUAGAUCAAACGAUAGUUAAAAUACACGACUACACUCUUCGGCACUUCACCAUUCAGUUUACGUGACGCGACAUGUCGAGUGACAACCUGAAGAAACUGCCCAUGAGCUCUCAACGGCUCUCAAAACGAAAAUCCGAUCCACAGAUCAUCGAGGAAUUGAUCGCUGAUCGCUUCAGCGACUUCUUCAAAGAGUAUAAGCUGAAAAGGAGGAACCGAAAAUCUUACAGAAUGGAAGAUAUAGUGGAAGAAUCUGAUGAAGAGAGUUUUGUUUCCAAUCUCAACAUCGGUUCAAUAUCAGCAUCUGAAAGUGCAUCUACAAACGAAGAAAGUUUUUACGUUGAGGAUAAGAAUACCCUAAAACCAUGCGAAGUCGAAAAUGAAGUGAAAAUGUCUUGGAUCGAUGAGAAGUUAUCACUGGAUUCUUUCGAAAUCAGCAACCUGGGCAACUUUAACGAAGAAUUCGAUUUCAACCAUCUUCAGAACGUAAUUCGACUACUUGAUGACGAAGACGAGACUCCUGAAAGAGAUUUAUCCGAUAUUCUUUCGAAAUACACCAGCGACAUCCACUGCUAUCCCACUUGCAACACAUUAACCAAGAGAUCCAAAAACGAAGUAAUUUACGAAUCCACCAGACAUCUGACCACCACCGAUUUAUUAGGCUCUCUUCUAUCAGAAAAGAAUAUACAAAAUCAAAUCGUUCAGCAAACAUCAAAAGCGCUCGUUUUCUGUAGAAACACGAAGGAGUUUAACGGCAGUUUUGAAGAAGUCGAAGUGGAGAGAUUUCUCCUCCUUGCCAGCGUGAAGCGCGAAGCCAUUUUACAGGAAAUAGCCAAAAUCGAAAAGCAGAAUACGAAUGAACCCGAGACGAAAAAUCCGGGAUCCAUUUAUUUUAAGAAACUGCAAUUACCUGUAAUCAUAAACGUCGAUCUGGAUAAGCAGAAGAAAAAGAAUAAUGAGAUUUGGUUUGUGUGCGUUGUUAAUAUGGGCUCUAAAGUCUUUGGAACUCAUCCUCAGAUGCCUUCUAACAAUGAACUGGUAUUCCUAAUGGAUUUCCAGUUUGAAGGUCUGAGUCCGGACUUUGAAAUCGUCGUUGCCGUUUACCAAAUCAAAAUUCGAAAUAAAUCGAAAAUAUACAGUCACAAUUCUAAGUUCCAUAUCAACAAGAGUUGUAAAUCUUUCACACUGCCGAGGAAGAAAAAGGAAAAGGCGUUGAAAUCGUUGAACGAGUGCUGCAAGUCCAGUUUCAGUUUGUUCGGAAAGUUGGUGUUGAAUGUAAAUAAUAUUCACGAUAAAACCUACAAAUUGGAUGGAAUUUUAAAUGGGAAAGCGGAAUUGACGGUGGAGAGCAGCGUUCAAAUUAACGAAAAGUUCGGAGAAUUCGUGGAUGUGGGUAAACGCAACGGCGGAUACAUAAUUUGGAACAGAUUGUGGUGCAUUUUGGAGGGCCAAAAUAUGGUUUAUUUUAAUUACCCGGAGGAGGAGACGCCCGUCGAGGUUCUAGACCUUAUGCGGGCCAAGGGUGCGGUGACCCAGGUGAGCAGGAACCUGUGCUCGAGGCCGAGGACUCUCCUCAUAGAAUUCGUCGAUGCCGAUCACCAGUUCUUAGCAUCCGAGAGCGUGCAGAAGAUGCAACGCCUCGAAAGGAAAUUGAACUCGGCCAUUGAAGCACUGAGACUAUGGAUCGCAUAACCAGCUCGGAAAGUGCAUUUCCAGCCUGGAUCGCUUUGCUUCUCAAGUUAUAUAAAUCGAUGUUUGAUUUGAUGUUGAUGCUCAGCAAACUCUCGAAAUAACUGUAAUUGAUUUAUUGAAAUAUUAUUGUAAGGAGUGCGGUGCGGUUACUGGUCGGCAUAUUUAUAUUUUAUAUAAAUAAACUUUUGCUUUUUAGAUGCGAUGGGAUGUGUGUUUUAUUGAUCGUCGGCCGUGCGUGGAUGUGCAGCAGCUAUCCGAGUUUCUUAACCUCGGGCCAACACUAGAGAUGUUUACAAAUCCAAUUCUUGACCUAUACACACACAUUUCACGAACUCCGACACAUCUAAUUCGCUACUUGACCAUUAACCGACUCCACGAAAUGCACAUAACAUGAAAACAAAACUUCGUACA